ACGCCAUCCCGGAAGUGGGAGGAAGCAAAGUCAAGUGGCAGCGUUUAAAUGCUGCGUCACAAGCACCCAAACUCCCAAAGUCGACUCGACGACGAGCGGACGCAGAAGCGGCGAACAUGUCGGUGACGGUCAAGGCUUACCUGCUGGGCAAAGAGGAAUCGGUUCGCGAGAUCCGCAGGUUCCUGGUGGAACAGGACGCGAUCGGAAGCUUCGAACAUCUGUGCGCCAAAACUUGCCAAAUGUUCUCUGGACUCAAGAGGCCCGCGUUCAACAUGUACUACAAAGACUGCGAGGGCGACCUGGUGGCCUUCUCGUCGGAUGACGAGCUCGCGAUGGGCGUCGCCUGCAUGAAGGAUCGCGUCUUCCGGGUUUACAUCAAAGAGAAGAAGGAGCACCGUCGCGACUUCCCCGUUCACUUCACCGGCACUCCAGAGUCGCGCGGCAGCCCUCUCGGCGCGCCGCCCGUCGGUGUGCACGCCAACGUGACGUGCGAUGGCUGCGAGGGUCCGGUGGCGGGGGUCCGCUUCAAGUGCAGCGUGUGUCCCGACUACGACCUUUGCUCCGCUUGCCAGGUGCAAGGGAAGCACACCGAACACCCUCUGCUGCCCAUCUGGCACCCCCUGCAGGCACUGUUCCCACGGGGAAAACUGAUGAAGAUGCGGCACUGCAGCAAGAACCAGAAGUGUGCCGCAGGUGCCGCCCCCGCUGCAGGCCUCUGCUUCCUGAAGAACGUGGGCGAGGGCGUGGCGGCCAUGCUGAGCCCGCUAGGCAUUGACGUGGACAUCGAUGUGGAGCACCGGGGGCACAGGACCAAGGUGACCAAUCAGGAGCAAGGGGGUGUGGAGAUGGCCGGAGCUGAGGGGGACGCUCAACCCGAAAAGGCUUCAGCUGCUGCCAAAGAGUCCGAUGACGAGUGGACUCACGUCACCAGCAAGGAGGUGGACCCCUCUAGUGGAGAACUGCAGUCCAUGAAGCAGGCUGGGAAAGACGAGCAGGAUCAGGAGCAGGGGCAGGAGCAGGAGCAGGGCGCUCCCGUGGCGGUCCAAAAGGCUCCUUCGAGCUUGAAGGCGGCAGCGCUGUACCCUCAACUUCCUCCAGAGGCGGACCCCCGCCUGGUGGAGUCUCUGAGUCACAUGUUAUCCAUGGGCUUCACCGACGAGGGCGGCUGGCUGACACGCCUCCUCCAGGCCAAAGAUUUCGACAUCGGCGCCGCCCUCGACGCCAUCCAGUACGCCAAGAACCCCCGCCGCUCGCAGCCGCAGUGACGGCGGGCGCGCCUGCGUCGUUAGCAUAUUGCACGCUCGUUAGCCACAUAACACCCGCUUGUCAUCAUGUACUCCACGGGAAGAAGACGCUCAUGACUUCUACGCCUGUCACUAAUCUGUACAAUCAAUCAAUUUGAUUGACACUCAGUAAAGAUGCUUUGAACAGCU